CCGCUCAGGCUUGUCCCCUUCUCUUUUCCUGUCCUUCGUUCCCUGUCGCUUUCCCUUACUUUUGUCUCCCCGGCUCUGUUUCUACCUCCACACUCCUUUACUCAUAAUUAUGUUGAUGUGUCUCUGUCUCCCCUGCCACAGUCUGAGUUGGGCUAUGGAAAGAUUAAGACAUACUCUAACCUGGAGAAACUUGGAGAGGGGACAUAUGCCACUGUGUUCAAGGGACGAAGUGGAAUCACAGGACAGGUGGUAGCCCUCAAGGAAAUCCGACUGGAGCACGACGAGGGAGCGCCAUGCACUGCCAUCAGAGAGAUAUCGCUGCUCAAGGAUCUGAAACACGCCAACAUUGUUCUUCUUCACGACAUCAUCCACACUCACAACUCUCUUACUCUGGUGUUUGAGUUCGUGGAGAGAGACAUGAAACACUAUAUGGACUCCUGCAACGGCAUGAUGCACAUUAACAACGUGAAGCUGUUCCUAUUCCAGCUCCUGAGAGGACUGGCCUACUGCCAUGCACGCAGAGUCCUCCACAGAGAUUUGAAACCUCAGAACUUGCUCAUCAGUGAAACCGGAGACUUGAAACUAGCAGACUUUGGGUUAGCGAGAGCCAAGAGCGUUCCUACAAAGACCUAUUCCAACGAAGUAGUUACUCUCUGGUACAGACCACCGGACGUUCUGCUAGGCUCCACCAACUAUUCCGACAACAUUGACAUGUGGUAAGGAGCAGGCGGCUCUAACCUAAUGCAUAAUUGGAAUUGUGUUUGAGUAAAGGAGCUUGUGCAAUUCACUUUUUCCCACCGCAAAAAGUAUCCCAUGCUCUAAAAAUGUCACUUGCCAAUAUCCAAAUAAUGUUUGGGAAAGUUUAUACAUGGCAUAUGCAUUCCCCUGUGUUCCAGGGGUGUUGGUUGCAUCUUCUUUGAGAUGGCGUGUGGUCGACCAAUGUUCCCUGGAGGAACUGUGGGAGAGCAGCUACAACUCAUAUGGAAGACACUGGGGACACCGACUGAGAGCACGUGGCCAGGAAUCACCAGCAACCAAGACUUCGUCCAGGCUAACUACCCAGUCUACCACCCACAACCUCUCUCUUCCCACGUACCAAGGUUAGACCACGUGGCACUGGAUCUGAUGGGAUCUCUGCUGCAGUUCCAGUCCAGAAACAGAGUCCCGGCAAAGACAGCCAUGGGCCACGCCUACUUCUCCUCUCUGGGACCCAGGGUCCAUAUGCUGCCCAACACUGUGUCUAUUUUCACUCUUCCUGAAUGCAACCUGGUCCUGAAUCCAGGGGAGCUGAGUCAGCACUCAGAACACAGACAAGAUCGCCACCGUAGAAACAGCACCAUCUACUGACAGUCUCUAUCUCUCACUCUCUUCUCCACAAUCCAGCUGUGUCCAUGGAGUAGAAAUAUAUUCUUCACAUUUUUAUAACCUAUGCCACUUUUUUUUAUUGUCACAGAAUGACUGGUAUAAUAUUUAUUGCUAGCAAUGUCUCUCACUUCAUGUCGUCUUAUAUUUUUGUCACUGGUUUUGCAAUGGCA